CAAUUUUUUUCCCCUUUCUCUUUCCUCCACUUGCUCUCUUUUCCCUCACACGGUUUCUCUUUACAUCAUUAAAUCCAAAAAAACAUCUCAAAGUUGUUCAAUUCUCUCCAUCUAUUUUCUUCAACAUAUCCAGGUAUCAUUACGAUCUCAAUAAUAUAUAUACGUUCCUACUAUGGCUAGCCUUCAAUCUGAUCAUCAACUCAAACAACUCAAAGAAAUUUUUGGACGAUUCGAUCUUGAUCAUGAUGGAAGCCUCACACAACUAGAGUUAGCCGCGCUUCUUCGUGCGCUAGGCCUUAAACCAACGGGGGAUCAAAUCCACGCAUUGUUAGCAAAUAUGGACCAUAAUGGCAACGGGUUCAUCGAAUUCGAUGAACUCGUAAAUGCCAUUAUGCCCGAUAUGAACGCGGAAAUUUUAAUAAAUCAAGAACAAUUAAUGGAGGUUUUUCGAUCGUUCGAUCGAGACGGUAACGGAUAUAUCACGGCUGCUGAGCUGGCCGGGUCAAUGGCUAAAAUGGGUCGCCCGUUAACGUAUAAGGAGUUAUCUGAUAUGAUGCAAGAAGCUGACACGAAUGGUGAUGGUGUUAUAAGUUUUAAUGAGUUUGCUAAUAUAAUGGGAAGAUCUGCGGCUGAUAUUCUUGGAUUAACGGUUUCGUAAUCACACACGGUCGUCGAUUCAGAAUUCUACUAUAUUCUGACUAAUUUACUAGGUUUGAAAUCUAUUAUAUGUAUGCAUUUAACAUAGAAUCUAAGGCAAGGCUAGUGAUUCGAAUAAACGUAUAGCUCUUUCACUAGAUCCGACCCGACUUGUAAUCAACCGGCGGUUGUUUACCAGUAUCUUAGAGCGGUUUUCCGGUAUGUUUUAAGAUGGUUUUUAUUUUUAUUUUAAUUGUGACAUUAAUUAACGUUAGAAAUUGGUGUUGGUUGAUGGAGAUGACUUUGAUGGUCUUAGACUUGGUCCAAUUGAUGACCUUUGUGGUGUUGUAAUUUAAUUUGUAUUUUGUGCAUUGAUUUUUUCUUUGCAUCU